AUUUGAAUAUUUUUGCUCACUUUGGCUAUUGGUGUAGAACACAGGAUGGUUAAGGAUAGGUUUCAAAGCAUAUGAAUUUUACUUCUGCUUUGUAAAUGACCAUCGUGCGUCAGCUGCAAUAUACACAGGAGACAAGUAGAUUCUUUCCAUGCACCCUAGUCAGUGGAUCUCUUUGAAGUUUGGGAAGACUAACGUAUUAUACUCACAGGCAGGUAUGGACCUAAGUAAUUCUCAGGAACAGCCAAUGGCUGCAGAAGGACAGGAGGUUUUGAAAGACUGUAAUUUGAACAAAUCCCAGGAAAUGGCAAGUAUGGAUAAUGUGGAGGAGAUGAAGGAACACAAUGAGUCUAAUCAAGAAGCAGCAGAUGAUGUGGUUAAAGUGAAAGGUGAAUACAAUGAAAGAGAGGAGAGUGCUUUAAAUUCAGAGCCUAUGGAAAAUGCAGAAGAAUCUGAAAUACCUUACACCUAUCCCAGAGAAUAUAAUGAAUAUGAAAGCAUUAAACUGGAAAGACAUUCUGGUUCAUACGACAACAUCAGGCAAGCUAGUGGAAAAAUGAAUUGUGAUAUCUGUGGAUUAGCCUGCAUUAGCCUCAAUGUCUUGAUGGUUCACAAGCGUAGCCACACUGGUGAACGGCCAUUCCAGUGUAAUCAGUGCGGAGCUUCCUUUACUCAGAAGGGUAACCUCCUCCGCCACAUUAAACUACAUACAGGGGAAAAACCUUUUAAAUGUCAUCUUUGCAGUUAUGCCUGCCAAAGGAGGGAUGCGCUAACAGGUCACUUAAGGACACAUUCUGUGGAAAAGCCAUACAAAUGUGAGUUUUGUGGAAGAAGCUACAAACAAAGAAGCUCGUUAGAGGAGCACAAGGAGCGGUGUCGUACUUAUUUGCAGAAUGCUGGCAUGUGUGAGACUGCAAACGUGGAGGCAAGGCACAUCAAGGCAGAGAUGGGGAGUGAAAGAGCCCUUGUGCUGGACAGGCUAGCAAGCAACGUGGCAAAGCGAAAAAGCUCAAUGCCUCAGAAAUUUAUUGGUGAGAAACGACAUAGUUUUGAUGUUAAUUAUAAUUCAAGUUUCAUGUAUGAAAAGGAAAGUGACAUAAUGCAAGGACGUAUGAUGGACCAGGCCAUAAAUAAUGCCAUCACCUACCUUGGGGCCGAAGCCUUGCGCCCUCUUGUGCAGACACCGCCAGCUCCCACUUCUGAAAUGGUCCCUGUCAUAAGCAGUUUGUAUCCCAUACCGCUGACCCGCUCCGAAAUGCCAAACGGCACCUCACAAGAUGCAGAAAAGAGCCAUACCCACCUGAGAGACAAAAGCUUGUCUUCCGAUAGAGGCCUUUCCCCAAACAACAGUGGCCAAGACUCCACAGACACUGACAGCAACCAUGAGGAACGGCAGAAUCAUGCCUUCCAUCAAAGCCAAAUGAUCCCCCCUCAGGCCCGUAACGGCCUCCAAUCCUUGAAGGAUUUCCCAAGGCCAUAUGACAUAAUCAAGCCACCUGCCAUAUGCCCACGUGAUGCCUUUAAGGUCAUCAAUAAGGAAGGGGAAGCUAUCGGGGUCUACCGGUGUGACCAUUGCCGCGUCCUCUUUCUGGAUUAUGUGAUGUUCACCAUCCAUAUGGGCUGCCAUGGAUUCCGUGAUCCUUUCGAGUGCAACAUGUGUGGGUACAGAAGCCAUGACCGAUAUGAAUUCUCCUCACAUAUAGCACGAGGGGAGCACAGAGUAAUACUGAAAUAAAAGGAUUGAUUUUCUGAUAUCAAAGGAUUUGUUUUAGACUGGCGGGAGGGUUGUUUGUUUGUUUUUAAUUAGUAUAAAGAAAUUUCUUGAAUAUUUUUCUAUGCCAGUUUUUAAAUGAUCAAUGUCAGAGGGAUGGUUUUGUUGUUGGUUUUUUGUUUUGGGGUUUUUUUUAACAAGUAAUUCAUUGUUCUGUAGCAUCUGUGCCUAGCUGCUGUGGUGAGUGGUACUGUAUAAAUACCAGAAGUAGAGAGAGAGAUUUUAUAUGAACUUUAUUUUUGUGAAAAUUAAUAGCAACUUAAGAUGUUUUUUAAUUUUUAACGUGUAUUUGUUUUUAUAGUGUUUGCUUUAACUCUGCACGGAAGUGUUUUAUUCUCUACUGCCAUUUUGUCUGGUUGGGCAGAUGUAUAGUCAGAAGUACAUAGGAAGAGCAUUUUCUCGCUGUUUCGAUUCCUAUGGUCUUAAAAUGGCUAAUCACUGAAACACAGAAAACAUGUAUUUGGGGAGGGAGUAUUAAUUCAUUUUUAAUGGUUUUCCCCUGAGCCUUAAAGAGCAUGUGGUCCCACCACACUUUCAUUUUUCUUACCUCUCUGUUCACUUUCUUUAAAGUCACUCCCCACGUACAUCUUAGUAAUAGCAAAAUAAGAAAUAAGACUUAUUUGGGGGUUGGGGUUUUUAAAUUGUAUACAUUUGGAAUAUCCAGUGAGCUCAUUGGUUGGCUUGUCCCAGCAGCCUGGGGAAAAUCCUGAUUUUUGCUGAUGGGAAGUGCUUCUUUCUAGUGGGUGCUCAGUAAGAGAACGAGACUGUGCUGUGACUUGUGUCCCUGCCUUGCUCCUGCUCAAGUCUAGCAGCAGAACUUGCAGUUGUUCCAUCUGGUCCAUGCUCAGCUCUAAAAGGGCAACGGGAAGGCAAAGUCCCUGCUGGCAGAGUGGAGCGUGUGUUGGACUCGGAGCAGGAGUCCCCGUGUCCUGGCAGUAGAUACCGUGAGAAUCUUCACGUAUGAAUGUGUGGGAGCUGACAGUUCAAUCACGCUGUCUGGUUUUACACGGGGAUAUCCCUCUGAGUGAAAUGUGCUGUUUUGCAAAAUGAGUAUUUACAAUUACUUUGAAGCUGGUUUUAAAAAUAGUUCUUUUAAUCUAAUCAUUGUUCUGCAGCUGUAUUAUUAGUCACUGUGCUGAAGAUAUGAAUUUGAUAACAGGUUUGCUGAGUGUAUGUUUAUUCUUUACAAGUUUUUUUUUAUAAUGUAGAGUUAGAUGUAUUCUGAUGGACUUUUUGCAUCCAUUGUAUAUUUUGGUAUCAACGUUCCUUUUGUACUUUUUCAAUGUUACUGCGCCGGCCAAUAUCCAUGGUGUUUCAUCUGUUUCCUUGAAGCAAGGCUGGGGCGUAGAGAGCUGAAUGAGGUGCCAAGGGAUGCUGCGUUCCAUUUCUGCCGCAGACCUGGGCUCUUUCUCUUACCUUAGGCCAGACACUUUCUUUCUCCCUGAUUUUUAAGGUAGAAAAAAGGAAAUUACAUUCAUUUUUUUCUGAUAGGAAUAUGUCUGAAGAAGGAUAAAUUAGUUUGCAAGAGUGCUUUGAUAUCUAAAGUACCAUAGAAGUGCUAGAUUCUGCUUAUCUUUGGGGGGGAGUAAGGAAAAAUAUUUUGCUAACAUGUUCGAUAUUAUGUGCAUAGUUAUAAAAUAGCUUUAAGAUCUUUUCCAGUGGCCAUUUUCUCACGAUAAGGCACAUAUUAGUUAGCAGGACAGAUGUUUGUUCUUCUCCCUAAUAAAUAUCCAUUGUCGCAGCAUGACAAAAAAACCCUUCUUUUGAGUGACUUCUGAGGUCGCAGUUUCACAAAUGGUUUAACCAGCCAUCUGAGGACUGCCUUUUGGGCAAAAGUCUAGACUUGGAGUGGCUUAAGCCAGUUUCCUGUUUCAUUUAGUGUAAAUUGUUAAAUAAUUCCAUGUCUAAUGCUGAAGAGGGUUGCAUUUUCAUGGGGAAAGCAACCGAGUUAUAUGCGUCGUGACUGGUGAAAAUGCUCCUCAUGGUUCAACAGAAAUGAAUAAGAUUGCACAUAGUAAAACGUAACUUUGUCGUUUGCACAGGAAGCUCCUCAGAUUGCUGAAUCUGUGUUGUGCAACACCACCAGUUUCUUUCUCACACCGCUACCGAAUCCUUGAAAAUACUCUUCAGAGCUUACUCUCCCACUCUUCACUUACCGCCAGGCAGGGCUUCAGCCACCUACCAUUGCUUUCCAGAUAAGGUGAGCAAUCAACCACUGAGCCUCCGAAAAGUUCAACAUGAGCAAUACUGCCAGGUUUUUGAAAGGAAAGGCAGAGGUUUUCACAGCAUCUGCCCUAGAAGGCACCAUUUUCCCACCGCGACUCGGGCAGGGUAAUGUUUUCAAGACAUGCUGAACCAAAAGCAGUUCCUUGUACUGUCUGCAGUUAAUGAGUGAUAACGUUGUUGCAGCUCUGCUGUUGAAUAAUCGCAUGUUGUUGAAUCUCAACCCAGUCGUUUAUUAAAACAAUGUGUUUUUA